AUGGUCUCCCUCCCGAAGAUUCCUACCUUACGAUCUUGGUUAAAUCCGGGCUCGUCAGCACACUUCGUAGAUGCAAAACUCCCGGAACAUGUAUUGACCGAGGCGCGGAGUAAGCUACGAGUGGCUGUUCGGCGAUACUUAGAGGCACCUUGUCAAUUUUUUACCAAAGUUUUCUUCGAGCCGUAUUCAUUCUUGCUUGACGGCUCGGAAGCCAAAAGCGUGGAGGACUUUUUGAAUGGAAAAAGAGAAUUCCACGAAUACAAAGAUUAUACCGCAAAACUCCAUAAAUUGGGUACAGACGUGAUGACACUGCCAAACACAGAAUACUUUGACCUUAUCCGGCUUGAUUGUGAGGAUGUGAAGGUUGGACUUUCCAAAGAGUGUCGCCGAUUAGCCAACGCACUAUUGGAACGCGUAGUGGCGGAUUUCAAGCGAACAAAUGAUGAAAUAUGUGCCGGAUUUGAAGAAAUGCGUGAACGAUGUAGAGCCAUACCUCAAAACAGUGAAGAAUUAAUCGAUAUGAUCCAGUAUAUGGAAGAAGCUCGCUGUCAGGGUAUGGUUCGCAUGGAGGAGAAAAUUUCAUGGUCACGUGAAUAUUUGGACUACCUUCUGGAUGUCUAUCACUUCAACCCGGAGGAUAUUGCGCAGAACAGCGCGGUCAUGACAUGGAAAGCACGAAUUCAACCAGAGUUUGAUGCGAAUGAUAAGGUACUUUACUAG